AAACAAAACAAAAGACAGCAACAUGUCACUUUCAGAGUUUAACCCCCACUUCGUUCGAUCUUUGUUGUCAUUCAUUUUCGCAGAUAGCUUCCUUGACCCUUUAUUUCAUUUUCUAUUUCCUAACCAUUUAUGGAUUCAUACGUUCCUUCUAUUUUCAACCCUGCAACGCUGCUAGCUCUCGUAAACUAUCGAGGCUUUGGUGACCCUUCUCUGUGUGAGAGUAAAAAUCCUAGAUUUUCAACGUUUUUACUCCCCCAUCCAUCAGUUUGAAAAUUCAGGGUAGAAUUUGGGUAUAACGGUGAUUAAAAGUUUUCGAACCAUGCUGUGAAUUCGUUUACCCCUGCAGUAUAUUCAAGUUUCCAACUUGCUUCAUUGUUUUCCGAGGUAGUUCACUUGAAUGUUUUGUUCUCAUCCUCGUUGGUGGUUGGUGUGUGAUAAAUUUGAGGGACAAAUGUUGUUAGAAGGUUUAAUGGUGGCUUAGGAGACUGGAGCUGGGGCCAUAGCCAUGUUUUGCAACUGGUUUGGUACUUUGAAUUGGUGUGGAGGAAGGGAUGAUGAUCCUGCAGAUCAGCAAGAUGAACAAGUUAUUGGAACUAGAAAGUUUAGCUAUAACUCAUUGAGAUCAGCAACGGGAGAUUUUCAUCCUUCAAGCAAAAUCGGUGGAGGAGGUUAUGGAGUUGUCUACAAGGGAGUUUUGAGGGAUGGUACUCAAGUUGCUAUCAAGUCUCUUUCUGUAGAGUCUAAACAAGGAACUCAUGAAUUUAUGACAGAAAUUGAUAUGAUAUCAAAUAUACGGCAUCCGAAUCUUGUGGAACUGAUUGGCUGUUGUGUUGAGGGUAGUCAUCGAAUAUUGGUUUAUGAAUUCUUGGAGAACAAUAGCCUUGCGAGUUCUUUGCUCGGUAAAUACCAAAGCAAUUUAAGUUCAAAAGGUAAAUAUGUUGCUCUGGAUUGGCCAAAGAGGGCUGCUAUUUGUCGUGGCACAGCUUCUGGUCUAAGUUUUCUUCAUGAAGAAGCUCAGCCAAACAUUGUUCACAGAGAUAUCAAGGCCAGCAACAUAUUGCUGGAUGGGAAUUUCUAUCCGAAAAUCGGGGAUUUUGGCCUUGCAAAACUUUUUCCUGACAAUGUCACCCACGUUAGUACUCGAGUUGCAGGAACUGUGGGAUAUCUUGCACCAGAAUAUGCACUUUUGGGACAACUUACGAAGAAGGCAGACAUAUACAGUUUUGGGAUUCUCAUGCUUGAAAUAAUCAGUGGGAAAAGUAGCAGCAUAGCUGCAUUUGAUGAGGAUUUUUUGGUUCUAGUGGAAUGGGCUUGGAAGCUGAAAGAAGAAAACAGGCUUCUAGACCUUGUUGAUUCAGAACUAAGUGAAUAUGAUGAGAGCGAGGUGUAUCGGUUCCUUAUAGUGGCUCUAUUUUGCACCCAAUCAGCUGCUCAGCACAGACCAAGCAUGAAGCAAGUACUGGAAAUGCUUUCCAAGGAAGUUCAUCUUAAUGAGAAGGCAUUGACUGAGCCCGGAAUAUAUAGAUGGCACAGCACAGGAAAGAAAGGUGGUUCUUUGAAUGAGACAUCAUCUUCUCAAGCAGUCAAGCACAAAAAAACUGAAAAUCCACAUGAAGCAGCAACUUCAACUCUCUUUAGUGGCACAGAUAUUGUGACAGAGAUGCUUCCAAGGUGAUGGCUACUCGUGCACGUGCCAUUGGGUACAUAUUUGUGGGAUGUGAUCAUAUUUAUCAUUAUAGUUGUUAGGAAUAAGAUCCAUGUGUUUCCAAAGGGAAAUAUAAGAUCAUGGGAAGAAAGACCAUGCUUCAUCAGCAUCUAUGUGUGUGAGCAUAUACAUAUUUUCACUUUGUUAAUUAUUUCUUUCUGCUGUUAAAGGAAUGAUGAUGAUCUUUUAUAUUUUUGGAUACGAUGUUCAAUUUUUAUUCUCGCAUUGUUUAUUGGUUCCUCUUGUGUUUUGUGCU